GCAUACGUCACAUAAUGGUUUGAACUUGCAGGUUUUGAACCUCACGAUGACGUCGUUUGUGAAUUGGACGUCAAAACCAGAGGUGGAAAGUAUCAAGAAGUUUUUCCGCACAAUUAUACACGAAGAAGAUGUCGACUAUGCUCAAUUUGAGUCUAAAAUGGAUGGUACAGAUAUCGUCACAUUUCGAGAAAAUGACAAAGCGUUCCGAUUAUUUGGCACUAAUAUUCAUGUAAAGGUUGGGGCCUAUAUUGCUGGUGUUAUUGGAUUUGCUGUCACGAUCGCUUUUUGCAUAACUUACACUUUCUAUCACAGUCGAGGCAUGGGACGAAAUCCAUUCCUCGAUCAUUUGGAGUUUGUUGACCUGAUUUUUGCCUUUGUCGUUGGUAUACCGUGUCAUAUUCUAUUGUUUUACUCUAUCUACAGGGAAAAACUGUUCUUCAGUCCGUUUUUGGUGUUCUAUUUGACGAACUUCGCAUUGAACGUGAUUUUCACAGUGAUUACAUUGAUUGCCGCAUCGUUAGAUUUGCAUCGAGAACUUUUUGGAAACAUAAAAUACGACUUGGGAUGGACGGUAUUUCAGAUAUUUUUCACGGCAUCACAAGGACUUGCAAUCUAUGUCGUUAUGCGAUGUCGCAAGUAUGUAGCAGCAAAAAUCUACUGGAAAGAACGAAACAUGGACCGCUCAUCGCCAUCAAUAAUGGCCGAUGGGGUCAGUAUACAAUGAGAUCGUAUACUGAUGAUUGUGGAUUCGACUCAGUUGGCACGGAGCACUCAAAGCAAACAGUGAUACUGGUUAAAAUGAAUUUUUGGAAUAAAUGUCUAAAUUGUC